GGUUCUCAAACCUGUCCUGGAGUACCCCCUGCCCUGCACAUUUUUAUCUCCCUCAUCUAUCACACCUGAUUCAACUCAUCAGCUCAUUAGUGAAGACUGCAAGGCCUGAAUCUGGAAAUGCACUUCCGGUCGGUGAGACGUGGCUGACCGUGGAAAAUCUUUCUUGAGGGAAAUCGUGAGACUGUUUGCUGUAGCCUACUUCUGCUCGUAGACAGCAGUGCCUGGAUGGCAGGGUCAAGCCGGAGUAAAAACUGUAGGAAUUUCAGCCGGGCUCCUCUCUGCCUUACAGUACCCUACAUGUUUCUUCCAAGUGUUUUGCGGAGGUCUGGGCUGAUGAGCGCAGCACCCAAGAAACCUGUCUGGGCAUUUACAAUGCUGCUGCUUGGCGCCGCUUUACUGGCGUCAUCCUUCGGUGGUAAGAUGAUGGCUCAGACUGCUGUGGCCCAAGCAAAGACGGCACCUGCAGGACCAGGACCAUGGUGCAUUAAGGACCUUCUAGACCUGGAUGAGCUGUUCUCCAUAGAUAACCUAGAUGUUUGGUUCUACUCCCUUGUGGGAUCGAUUGCCAUCGGACUCAGUGGCAUCUUCCCACUCUUAGUGAUACCCAUUGAAGCUGGAACAACUUUGAAAACUGAGGCUGGGUGUCAGAAGCUGAAGAAGCUGCUGAGUUUUGCCAUUGGUGGUCUCCUAGGCGAUGUGUUUCUCCACCUCCUUCCUGAAGCGUGGGCUUACACUUCCAGUCCUGAUGGGUCCCACAGCCACUAUCAAACGCAGGGUCUGUGGGUGAUAGGGGGUCUGCUGUCCUUUCUGAUUUUGGAAAAGGUGUUCCCUGAUUUUGACAGUGACCCAGAGAGCAAAGCUGCCUGCCAAAGAACUAAAUCGUCUUCAAAAGAUCGGAGCAGCGAGGUCUCUGUGUCCCCAAAAACAAAUGGCAUCUGCUCGAACAACAACGCCGACUCCAAGCCAAAUCCUGACAUCAGCCUUUACACAAAGCCAAAGAAAAUAAAGACAAGUGGUUAUCUAAACCUUCUUGCUAACUGCAUUGAUAACUUCACUCAUGGGCUGGCAGUGGCAGGAAGCUUCUUAGUGAGCCGAAAGGUUGGUUUCUUAACAACAUUCGCUAUUCUGCUUCAUGAGAUCCCUCAUGAGGUGGGAGAUUUUGCCAUUUUGCUGCGAGCGGGAUUUGACCGUUGGAAAGCUGCCCGCAUGCAGCUCUCUACAGCGUUAGGAGGAGUCCUGGGGGCAUGUUUUGCUCUUUGCUCCCAAUCACAGAAUGGGGCAGAGAAUGCCACUGCCUGGAUCCUGCCCUUUACCUCAGGUGGCUUUCUCUACAUAGCUUUGGUCAAUGUGGUACCUGAUCUGCUACAGGAGACCAACCCUAGGAACUCCUUUGUACAAAUUCUGCUGUUGUUUUGUGGGAUAGCAGUCAUGGCUCUUCUCUCAGUCAUCAUGGAAUAGCCACAGGCAAGCACUUCUUUUAUCAAGGGACAUUUAGAGUGCUAACUAGCAUGCUGAGGGACUUUUUAUGCUUUAAUUUAGAGAUUUUUGUCACCUCAAAGACCAUGUGAGGAAAUACUAAUGAAAGAAACAGCCUUGACAAUCAGGUGUUUGAAUCUGUGUCCAUGUGAUUUUAUUCUUAUCCUACACCCCUGUGUCUGGAUUAGAUUGAAACUAAACUCACGAAAUGCCUUAUAGGCACCAGCUGAAACUGACGGGGAAUACAGGUUCGUGCAAAUGGUGCUCAGAAAUAACAGUGGUUGUUUUGGCUGAAAUAUGCCAAAACAUUUGCUACUAUUAUGCAUUCUUGUUCAUGUUUCUGCUGGGUGUCAUUAAACAAUUCACUAUUUGUCAAACACAUUUCCAAUGUCAGCUGGUUACAUCAAUGUGAUUUGCUUUAAUUGUAGCAUACUGUACAUGCAGGUUUCACAAGUCAACACUUUAUUCUCUUUUAAGAGAUUAUGCAUACGCUUGCAUAAUCAGAUUUUUGAUGUUCAUCAUAAUUGAGUUCCCUUAAAAUUAAUACUGCUUCAUUUUCUAAGCUCAUUUCGCACUUCAUUUACUCAAGUUAAGACAUAUCCUCACUUUGAAUGACUACAUAUCCCUAAUUGCACAUUCAUUAAUGAACACACCUUUUUUCAAACACUUUUGAAAUGCUUAACAGGUGUUAUUUUCUCAUGUUUCAACUGUGCUGAUUUUGUUUUACCUUACAGUAUUUAGUCUUAUUGAUUGUGUCCUGAAAGCCACUACUCUGCUGCAUUUUAGCUUUAAUUUUGAUGGACUGAUCUUCUGUCCUGGCAUUGCAAUACACCGGUUUCAGUGAUUUAGUCUUGAGGAUUCAUAAGCAGACAGUUAUUUUACUUAACUGACUUGAUGCCAUUUCAUACCUUUGAUUCACAUUUUUAAAAAGACAAAAUAUUUGACACAUGGAUUGUCUGUUUGGGAGUUUUUUUUAUAUGGAAUGUUACUGAAAAGAAUGUUCUGAAUGCAUCACCUGGAAGGUCAGAACAGUCUUUGCCAGAUUGUAAAUAUUUGAAAAGAGAAUAUAUAUUUAUUCUGUUAAGACCAUAUGUUGUUGAAAGAAACUUAAGUCUUCCCAUUGUUAUAGUUGAAAUAAAGAGAUGUUACUGUUUGAUUUAAAA